GAGCUCCACUGAAUAGAAGGAGUGAAGAUGGGACCGAACGGAGCGCUUUUCCCGGAAACUCUUUUACAUUUAGCAAGAUCAUUAGCCCAAAUCCAAGACCUAAGAUGGCCAAAGGUGCAGCAACUGUUACAGAUGUGUCCCCAGAUUCCACAUAUGGGAGGAAUAUGCAGGAUAGACCAGCGCAGACAAGAUGCCAUGGUAGCACUUGGAAUCUUUCUUUUAGAAUCAGAUCUCAAGUUCAAAGAUGAGUUGGUACCAUAUAUUAUUAAUCUUGUGAGAUGCCUACCCAAUGCACAGUGGAUUGAAGAAACAGGAUAUAGAGUUAUUGAAGUACUUCCCAUGAGUGAGCGCUUUGCUUUCACCAUCACAACUCUCCUUUCUGAUAUAGCGACCAAAGAUACACUCUACAGAGAUCAGAUUUUGUCAACAUUAGUUGAAGUUCUACAGGCACUAUGCAGAAUCUGCCAACAGCCAUCUGAACAUCCUCAAGUAACAGUAUGCAAGCAUAUCAUGCCUGCCUUUCUGGGGAUGUCUCGUGCCAUCGGACGAAGCAGCCAGGAGCCUUCCUGCUCUCUCCUCUGUCAGAUGUAUCCUGCAUCCAAGCUCACUACUUCUCAAACCCCUCCUUCUUCAUCUGGUUUGGACGCAGUCUCUCAACCAAGGCACCAUGAAUCACCCAUGUACAGUUCCUUCCGACUCAUCGUCUCACCAGUCAUCAAGCAGAAACUCCGGCAGGCCAAUGGAACCCGGCAGGAUGCAUCUCAUCCCGGAAUAGACUCCAAGGAGGAGAGGGUAGCAGAAGAACCUCACCAUCUCCUGACGGUAGUGGGAUCAAGUUUUGGUAUCAGUACAGAGACGUGUGAGAGUGGAAGCUCUGAAGCUCUUGUUGGGUCCCUAGAUCUUUCUACUCAACAGCUACAGAUUAUCUUAAAUGUGUGUCAAAAGAUGAUCAGUAGAAGUCUGUUACAGAGCCUUGAUGGGAUGGCUCAUCAGUAUGCACUUCAACCAGGAUCAAAGAAGACUCUUCCAUAUAAAUCAUAUAGUGAAGUUAUCAAUGUUGUUCUUGUCUCAUUACUCAGACAUCUCCUUCAACAACAUAAAGGAUUACCAGAUAGCUUCCAAGUAGAGGUCCAUGCAUUCGUCCGAGAACUCUUCCUCUCCGGUCAGACUGAGCUUCAGGAACUGAGUGUGGAGAGUGCUACUAAGGGUCCAUGCAGGUUCAAUUCUAGAGAGUUGGCACUCAGGGCUAAUGCCACAUGUGUAGACCUCCUUGUGUGGGCAGCUAAUGAUGAAACAGGAGCUGAUAGUCUUAUUGGAAGGCUGACUGAGAAAUUACAUUCUAGUGCUGGCAGCAAACAACUCAUAGCUGAUAUGCCUCUACUUCUAUGCUCUCUUCAGGGUUUGGGCACUUUGGCAGAGAAGUUUCCAGCGGUUGCUCAUGCCACCAUCAGCUCGCUGAGAGACUUCCUAAUGGGGCCAUCUCGUAUCAUAGUUAAACUCCAUAAACAUCAUGAAGCUGAGAGUAGUAAGAGUGCUGGACCAACCAUCAGGGUUAUAGAGUCCAGCCUUCAGAGGACGGGGGUUGGAAAGGAUGGACGCGGUACCGGUAGUGGUCCGAGUAGUAGUGGCGGUAGUGGUGGUGGAAGUAGGACAAGUGGGGAAGGAUCACAUCCGUAUGAAAAACUAAGGAAUGCAGCAAUGUCUAACUUGUGCAGAUCACUUCGUUCAGGACUUAUUGAAGACCCUAAUUGCAUCCAAGCUUUCCUUGCCUCUGUAUCAAACGCCCUCUACAUUGCUGAAGCUAGUGAUCGUGACUCCACCCUCAUAUCCUCCAACGCCAUCUUAGCAAUGGGUCAUGUGGCUGUUCUUCUAAGUGAAACAACCCGUACCAUUGAGAGUGUACAGCAGAUCUUCCAGCAACGGUUCUGCACACCCCCUUCAUCCCUAGAUGUGCUCAUUGUUGAUAUGCUUGGCUGCCUGGUUCUUGCUGGAAAUGCUGCUGUCACCCAAGAGGUAAUGAAUAUGUUUAUUCAGAUCAGUGUUGAAGCAGGUUCAUCUGAUUAUGCACCAAACAGCUCACAAGCUUCACAGCGGUUCAGGCAUUGUUCUAUGGCUAUUAUCAAUGCCCUAGCAAACAUAGCAGCAUUCAUUGAUGGAGAGAAUGAACAGCAGGAACUAUUAGUUCGUCUACUUGAAUUAUUUGUUCAGCUUGGAUUGGAGGGCAAGCGGGCAAGUGAGAGGGCUCCCACUGCUAUCAAGGCAUCUAGCAGUGCUGGCAACUUGGGCAUCCUUAUUCCUGUCCUAGCUACUUUGAUCAAGAGAUUACCACCAAUCCAGGAUCCCAAACCUCGUCUUCACAAGUUCUUCCGUGAUUUCUGGCUUUACUGUGUGGUCAUGGGGUUUGCAGUAGAGGAUUCUGGUCUGUGGCCAAAGGAGUGGUAUGAAGGAGUCUGCCACAUCGCUGCCAAAUCUCCCCUUCUUACAUCUAGUCCCGGAGAACAUCUGCGAUCAGAACUCCAAUACAACUCUGCUCUUAGGAAUGAUAGCAUGACAUAUAAUGACCUGAACGAACUCCGUCAGAAUAUCUUGAGUCUCAUGGAGCACUCUCCUGAGGUCACAGUCAUUGUCAACAAGCUCAAUUUUGCCCAAUGUACCUACCUGUUAUCGGUUCAUCGGCUUGAGACCCUGCGUGUCAGUAAUGCCAUACCUACCAGCUUUGCAGCAGUCUUUACUUACCUGGAAGACAAGGCUAUCAUCAAGGAUAAAGCUGGCAUGUGGCAGUGUCUCUUAGCUUCCUUUGAUAAGGUCUUUGACAUGUUCUUGGAUAUCAAGGCCAAAAUGCCCCGUACUGAGGAGAGGGAGAAGGAGUUAGUCCAUCAUGCUCAGUUCCUGUUAGUCAAGUUCAACCAUGUCCUCAAACAGAUCAGAAAGGUUGCUGAUAAAUACCUUUCAAGACUUGUUGACAGGUUUCCUCAGUUACUAUGGAAUGGUGAUGUCCUAUGGAGUAUGCUUGAUCUCCUUCAGCUCUUAUCAAAGGCAGCUGCAGAGGAUAGUCUCCAGGAAGUCAGAGAGUAUCCUGUCUUUGAAGGCAGGUUCAUGCUGACUGUUAUGGACACCAAGGAAUCAAGAGAGGGCAUUAUUCGUGACUUUGCUGCCCGUUGCGGAGGUAUCUUCCAAGAGGCCGUGAAGUGGGCAGCCUCGGCGACACGCUCCCACAUCCAACAAUACAUCAUUCAUUUAGAGAACUCUUCAGACAGUCUCUCACAGAGAAGCACCUUGGAGCUUGCAACAGAGAGUGCUCUUCAGUGUGCAGGAUUUAACAAAGGACUCACUGCAUCAGGUUCUGACAGCUUAACAAGUGAGUCAGCCAACUUUGUAUCAGUAAUGAGUCUAAGAAGCAGGUUUGCUGGAGAGGUAUCAGGGAUGAAAGCAAUCUAUACUGAUGCAGGGCCUGGUGGAUUGAGUUUAUCACAUGUACUGAAUGGACAGCUUGAUAAGGCAUGUGAUUCUAAGAGAGAAGAUGCUUUCACAAAUGCUAUGUUCAGGGUCUGUGCUCUACUCAUCUCAAGUGAAGGUGUAGAUAAAUACUUGCUCUACAACCUGUGUCGGGCACCAGUCAAACUCUUUACAACACUUGCUAUGGAGAAGGCUGUUGCAUGCUGGGAAUGGCUGUUAGCUGCUAGACCAGACAUGGAACUUCAGUUAAUGCGUGAAAUGGCUGGAGCAUGGCAAAUGAGUAUGGACAAGAGACUUGGUUUGUUCUCUAUUAAUAUUGAAGAACCUAGUCCUUUGGCAGCCAUUAGUGGUGAUGAUAUCCCAGAACCAAACCCACCUAAUGCUACACCACAUCACAUCUGGACUCAGUUCUUACACCAGCGACUAGAGAGCAUCAAAUACAGCAGCAUCAACGUUGUUGAGAUCUUCAUCUCCAUCCUGCACCGCUCCUUACCAAUGCAGGUUGGACAGACAAAGGGCUCCCUCUCAAGACACAUUGCAGCCAUGGGACCUCGUUUCAGAUUACUGUGUAUGGGUCUGUCUCUUCUUCAGGGUGACAUCCUACCCAGCAGUACGGGUAAGAAUGUCUUGAGAGAGAGGAUAUACUCUGCUGCUUUUGACUUCUUCAGUGUUGCACCUGUCUGUCCUACCCAGUCUGUGAGUGAGCUAAGAGAAGAUAUCAGUAUUCUCAUCAAGUUCUUCCAUGCCAUGAUAGCAGAGAAAAAAUACCUAAGAGCUACCACAGCUGUAGUUCAAGAGACAGAGGAAGUCCACACACUUGGUAUCAUCCCAGCUGACCUGCGUGCCAGCAAUGAGUACCUCAAUACCAGGUCAUCAGUAGUGCGCCCUCAAGGUUGGAUGAACACCAUGCCAUUAUCAAGUAACAUGUCAGUGGUAUCUAAGAGGUCGUCAGUCACAAGGAAGAGUGGUGAGGUUGGAGCCAAGUAUGCCAAGGAGUAUAUGAAGAGAAGGAAUCUAAUCCUUGCAUUGCUGGUGAAUGAGAUAGAGAGACUGUGUUGCUGGUGCAAUCCAUUAGAUAACCCUGAAGUCAAGCUACCAGGAGAAGAGCUGGUUGCUAACUGGAGGGUACAGACACCAACAAAUGAACGAACCUGGAGGGACUUUGCUCACCUAGCCUGGGAGGUCUCCCCUCAUCUAGCUUGUCAGCUUCCUGUCAGGUUCAAGGCAUCAGAGAGCCUUGUCAAGGAGGUGACACGAUCGGUUCGUCUCAAUCCUAUGGCUGUAUCUGACCUCCCGAGUGCCAUUCACUUCCUGGUCACUGAACACAGUGUGGAUUCAGAUGUUGCAGAGUUGAGUCACAUCCUAUGCUGGGCACCUGUUCCACCGGUCACUGCUCUGUCAUACUUCUCCCAGCAGUAUCCUCCACACCCUCUGACAGCUCAAUAUGCUACCAGGGUCCUACAAGAUUAUCCACCAGAGGCAUUGCUCUUCUAUGUCCCUCAGCUGGUUCAGGCUGUCAGAUAUGAUACGUUUGGCUUUGUGACGGAGCUGAUCUUGGUCCUAGCAAAGAAGUCCCAACUCCUGGCCCAUCAGCUGAUCUGGAAUAUGAAGACAAACAUCUUCAAAGAUGAGGAGGGAAAAGAAAGAGAUGGUGAGUUUGCCGAUGCCCUGGAAUCUCUUAUUGAAGGUAUCAUCGCCAGCUUAUCUGGACCAGCCAAAGACUUCUAUGAAAGAGAGUUUGAUUUCUUUGGCAAGAUAACGGCCAUUUCAGGCGAGAUCAGGCCAUACCCAAAAGGUGAUGAGAGAAAAGCAGCCUGUUUGAAAGCCCUAGCAACCAUUCAACUACAACCUGGAUGUUACCUGCCUAGUAACCCAGAAGCUGUUGUCAUGGAAAUUGACUACAAGUCUGGCACUCCCAUGCAGAGUGCUGCCAAGGCUCCAUUCCUUGCCAGGUUCAAAGUUCAAAAGUGUGGUGUUCAUGAACUGGAAAACCUUGGUCUGAAAGGUCUUGAUUCAGGUGCCAUGUCUCGCUCACUCAAAGCACAGAUGUGGGAGGCUUGCAUCUUUAAGGUCGGAGAUGACGUUAGACAGGACAUGCUAGCGCUGCAAGUCAUUGGCCUGUUCAAGAAUAUCUUUCAUCAGGUGGGACUAGACCUGUACCUUGUCCCAUACAAAGUGGUUGCUACUUCACCCGGGUGUGGGGUGAUCCAGUGUGUCCCAGACUGUAAAUCUCGUGAUCAGCUUGGUCGACAGACUGAUAUCGGGAUGUAUGAGUAUUUUCUAACCAAGUAUGGAGAUGAGACUACUCCAGCAUUCCAGAAGGCUAGACGUCAUUUCAUCCAAAGUAUGGCAGCAUACAGUGUAGUUGGUUUCCUCCUUCAAAUUAAAGACAGACAUAAUGGGAAUAUAAUGCUGGAUACUAGAGGAAACAUCAUACAUAUUGAUUUUGGUUUUAUGUUUGAGAGCUCACCUGGAGGUAACCUUGGCUGGGAGCCAGAUAUUAAACUCACUGAUGAAAUGCUCAUGAUCAUGGGAGGCAAUGUGAAUGCAGCUCCAUUCAAGAAGUUUGAAGAACUGUGUGUACAGGCCUACUUAGCUGUCAGACCUUACCAAGAAGCCAUUGUUUCUCUAGUGGCUCUGAUGCUGGAUACUGGAUUACCUUGCUUCAAGGGAAAAACACUCAAAUUACUCAGGACUCGUUUCAGUCCCAACCAGACAGAGAGAGAAGCUGCUAUUUACAUGGUAGGCAUCAUUGAAAAGUGUUGCCAGAAUGUCAGGACAAGAACAUAUGAUAUGAUCCAAUACAUCCAGAAUGAGAUUCCUUAUUAGAGCAGUUGGUAUGAUACAAGAUAACAAGUGCAAUAGAUCUAUGUAUAAUCUCUUAUCUCUUGAGUGCUAUCUGCCAUCAAGAGGCUCGAUACAACAAUGCACAUUUAUUCCAUACAUUAAAGUGACACAUUCUAACAGAGGUGAAUGGGCUAUAAAGUCUUAUUCUUUAGAAUAGAUAAAAUAUUUGCUUGUGGGGUGCUCCAAAGUCCUCAUUCAAUUAAAAAUGUAUGUAUAAACAAAUUUCAUGAGGAAUAUGUGCAAAUAUUUGAUUAUAAUACAAGCACUUAUUUGGCAAUGUUGAUAAUUCGAUAAACAUUGUGUUCUUAUAGUAGUCACUUAUAAUUUAACUUGCUUAUUUUUGCUCGUGUUAUAUAGCAUAUGUAAUUAAGCCCAUGUAGAUUAAUAAUUUUUAUUCAUAACUUAUUUAUUGAAAUAUGUUUUUUUACAAGUGAAUGCAUAUCUACCCAUAUGAAUUCAAUUUCCCCCCAUUGUUUUUGAAAAAGUAAAGACUCUGCUUGUAACAUGAGAUGAUUAUGUGUAAUAUUUAUUACAAAAUGCAAAACUUUAUUUAAAGUUUAACAAUUGAGACAUUUUACUGUUGGCUAUUGUGGAAAAAAAGAAUAACAAUGUGUAACUAAGUGCUUUUGUAAAUAUUUUCCAUUCCUGCACAUCAUUAUUUUCACAUAUUAUUAAAUAUAAUAUGAUAUAAUGUUCCAAAAUCUUCAUAUUGUAUAUCUAAGCUACUUUAACAUAUAGGCAUUGUAUGUUUAUUUACUGUACAAAAAUGGUACUUGGGUGCAACAUGGAAGUAUUAAGGCAUAACAAAGGAUUUAAAGUAUCAUAUUUGAUUAGAUCAGUUUUCAUUUAUUUCAUAUAAAACUGAAUGACACCUUAAUUCCUGUCUGCACCCAUUUCAUGUUUGAUAUAUAGUUACAACCUUUCUGAACCAAAAUGCAUUCAUUCCAAACAUGUGGGAUCUUUGUGAGUUAAGUCGAUUGCUAAGAGGUUGUAUUAUUAGAAACAUGACUGCUGACUCUACCUAUUUAAGGGAUGGCCCUGAUAUGUUAUUAUUUUUUCUGAGCUUUUUUUACAAUCAACUUUUUGUCAGGGUGAACUUCCCCUUUAAUAGAGCAAGCACAAAGUGCAACAUGGCUCUUUUGUUAUCAUCAAGCUAAUUCAUGGUACUUUGUUAUGUUGAAUUAUAUAAUUUUCAUUUGUACAUUACAACACACUUAUCAUCAAGGCAUAAAUGGAAUAAUGCUCAUGUACAUACAUCCCAAGUUUUUUAGAUGCAACCGCUGAAGUUUUAAUUUACUCCUUCCAACAAAGUAAGCAUAACAUGUAUACUUGUAAUGCCAAAGGGAUUAGGGGAUACCUACAUUUUUCAACAAUCUGCUUGAAGGCAGUACAAUGAUAAACCCGUUCUUUUAUUUCAUAAAUUACCAAUAUGUUCAUGGUAAAGAAACUGUUUGAGUCUGCUAUUUCUUCUCUGAUAAUGUUUACAUGAUGAUGGAAUUCAUGUAAAGUUGAGAGGAUAAAUCUAGUUUUCAAGUAUCUAUCAAUCAAUAUAUGCUUUCAUAGGGUUUUGUAAGAGUGCAAAUUUGCUAAUUAUCCUUUUCACCUUUAGCAAUAGGAAUUGAAUUAGAAAUUUGAAUGUAAAGACCAGAAGGGAAGUCUGCUCUGUGUCACAAUAUUGUCAUGCCUGUAGAAAGGUUGUGAAGUAGGAACUUUAUGCACUAUCAUUUGAAAGGGUGAUAUUCAAUUGAAUUCAAUUAAAUUCAUUCAAAUCUCUUUAAAAACAUGAAACAUCAAUACAUUAACUGUUCUUGUAAGUCUGCAUGAAGUAUUUGAAUAGUAAAGAUGGUACAUUACCUGUUUGAAUCUGUGAACCGGUGAAACCUUUUUUUUUUGCAAUCUGUAGAUGCCAUAAAAGAUUCAUUCAAUUCUUAGAGUAUAAAUAUUAUGUUAAACCUACACUGCAUACUUUGCUUUUCAUGUUUUUUUUCUCAAUAAGAAUUAUCAAUUCAUAUGUUGGUGGGUGGCUUUGUGUGUGUAUUUAUACCAUAAUGGAUAUACAUCAAGCAUAAAGAGGCAUCUAAUAAAUGUAUAUAAGAUAUUUUCAUAAAGAUAAAUUGCUCAAAUGAUUAUAAUUUUAUGAUUGUAUAGACUAGGAAUGAUGUUGUUAUUUUUGCUGUGGAGUCAUUUUUGUGCAAUUCUAUUUUCCUUAUCAUUGUAUUGUGUGUGUUAUUAUAAUUGUAUUUUUUCCCUUAUCGUUAAUAUCAUCAUAAUGAUAUGAUAAUUCGUCAAAUAAUGGCAGGAGGGUCCCCCCCCAAAAAAAAAAAAAAUAAUAAUAAUCACUAAAUCACUUAAAUUGCUGUUCCCAGAUAUGCUUUCCAUACAUUUGAAACCAAUGACCAAAUACAAUGACUUUGCCUGGAAUUAAGAAACAUUUAAUGCUAACCAAGACUGGUUAUUUCUUGAAUACUUGUCAUAUCUUACCAUGUAAGUAUAUACUCUGUAUAGAUAAUAUUUAUUGAAAUGUUAAUGCUUUUAAGACCAGUAAAAUAUUUAUGUUUUUGUACAGACAGGUACUGAGAAGCAAAGCAUAU